AUGAAAUCGACGUCUCCCGAGCCCCCGGGACCUGGUUUGGGGUUUCAGGGUCCUGCGGGUUAUCAGGGGCAGCAGGGUCCCUAUACCGGUCAGCAGCCGGCAUAUGCGGCGGGUUUCCCACCUGGUGCUCAGGCUGCGAUGUAUGCGGGUGGAGCUGCAGCUGAGGAGGGAGUGAUGUAUAUACGGAGUGAGGAAGAGAAAGCCAAUUUAUACAAGUUACUGAAGUCUGAUUAUAACCAAGAGUUUGUGGAUUUUGGUGAGCCGCCACAAAACUUUGUUCGUGAGGUAGAUGCGGGAGUACGUUUCGCAAACUACCCUCGUUGGGCGCGAUUGAUUGGUGCAGCUGAGGCAGUACACCGUGCACGAGUCCAUCCGCCACAGUCGAUCCGGGCAGACCUGAGACAGUUGGACUUGACGGCAUUGACUAUGGGUGGUGCGUUAUUGUUCGAUAUAAUACUUAUUGACCCACCCUGGCGGGAGUAUGUCGCGAGAACUCCGGGUAUGGAGGCGACGCAAGAGAAUUGUUGGUCAUUGGAGGACCUGAAACAGUUGCCAAUUCCGGCGAUUGCGGAGAACCCGUCGUUCAUUUUUAUUUGGGCUGGAGACACACACUUGGAUGAUGCAAGAGAACUCCUAAGUUGCUGGGGCUACCGUCGAUGUGAAGACAUUACCUGGCUUAAGACUGUACCCCACAUGGUCGAAAGACCGGGCGCCAGUCUCGACUCCGCGCUCAAUGGACGCAUACAGGGCUCCUGCAACAAUGAUUACGACCUGCUCGACAAGCUCAAACGCGUUGCCGACUGGCACAAACGAGAAACCAGGGAACAAGUACCCAUUGUUCUCGGCUACAAUGAAGGCUAUCCCGAACCCGGCGCAAGCAAUGGCGACUGCGUACUACAGCGCGUCAAGGAGCACUGCCUCAUGGGCCUCCGAGGCGCCGUCAAACGUUCUCAAGACCACCACAUUGUCCACACCAACAUCGACACCGAUGUCAUCGUCGGCGAUACACCUGUCGGCUAUGAUGAGAUGGAACAACUCAUUAAUACACGUAAGCCCGCCGAACUCUACGACAUCAUCGAACGUUUCGCACUCGGCCGCCGCAAACUCGAACUCUUCGGCACCACCCGCAACAUCCGACCUGGCUGGCUCACCGUCGGUCGCAACGUAGAACGCACCGAAUUCGACCAUGCAACCUACGCCUCCUGGUUCAUCGAUUACAACCCCACUGACAACCUAGACUCCUCCAACAAAGAAGCCGAGAAAUACCUCGCUCAAAACGCCACUCUUAACUCUAACGCCAUCUCCAAACCCGGCACCGGCCUCGACGCUGCAAGCCUUAGAGAAGAAUUCCCACUCACCAACCUCAACGCCUACCCCUUUAUCAAAGAUUUCCGGGGAGGUAAAUACGAAGGCUCCAAUCCCCUACUCGAAACCCUCAGGCCAAAGUCGCCUCCACAACGACCCACAAAAUGGGACUGA